UAUCUUGUGAUGGAACUUAUGGAUGCCAAUCUAUGCCAGGUGAUCAACAUGGACCUUGACCAUGAGAGGAUGUCAUAUCUCUUGUACCAGAUGUUAUGUGGCAUCAAACACUUACACUCGGCUGGCAUCAUCCACAGAGAUUUGAAACCAAGCAAUAUAGUUGUGAAGUCAGAUUGUACGCUGAAGAUUUUAGACUUUGGUCUUGCACGUACCCAGGGCACAGCAUUCAUGAUGACACCCUAUGUUGUGACCCGGUACUACAGAGCUCCAGAGGUCAUUCUGGGCAUGGGGUACAAAGAGAACGUGGACAUAUGGAGUGUGGGAUGUAUUAUGGCUGAGUUGAUCCGAGGAGCUGUGAUGUUUCCAGGCAGUGAUCAUAUCGAUCAGUGGAACAAAAUCAUAGAGCAGUUAGGAACGCCGUCGAGGGAAUUUAUGCAAAGACUGCAACCAACAGUAAGGAGUUACGUGGAAAACCGGCCUCGCCAUGCUGGUUAUAACUUUGAUAGACUAUUCCCAGAUGUGAUAUUUCCUCAGGACAGUGCUGACCAUAGUGGACUAAGGGCCAGCAUGGCUCGUGAUCUCCUAUCUAGAAUGUUAGUGGUAGACCCAGAAAAAAGGAUUUCUGUAAACGAAGCAUUAAUGCAUCCAUAUAUAAAUGUGUGGUAUGAUGAGCAUGAAGUCAAUGGG